AUGUUUUAUACUGGAAUUACUUCCAGAAUAUUAUUCGAUAAACUAUGUUCGUAUAUUACACCAUAUGUCAAACGUAAAUGGAGAGGACUUAAAGAAACCAAUAUUACCCUAGUUAGAAAAUAUAAAAGGACACCAAAUAAAUCUGGUCCUAAAUCAAAGUUAUGUGUCAAAGAUGAGUUCCUGAUAAUGCUAAUGAAAAUUAGGCUUGGAUUAUUAGGGCAAGAUUUAGCUCAAAGAUUUGGUAUUUCUGCUACUAUAUCUAGUCGCAUAUUUGCAACUUGGGUAAAAGCAACAGCAAGUGUAUUGAAAUCAUUUGUUUACUUUCCUGAUUAUGGACAUAUUGCUGCUACAAGACCUCCAAGAUUCAGAGAUGUUCAAAAUCUUCAUUCAAUAGCUGAUGGUACUGAAAUAUUCAUUCAGACCCCCAAAAAUCAUAUAGCACAACGGCAAACCUGGUCUAGUUACAAGCACCAUAACACUGCUAAAAUAUUGGUUGUAGUUUUACCUAAUUCUCAUAUAGCAUUUAUAUCCAAAGCAUAUAGUGGUUGCAUUUCUGACAAAGAAUUAACAAUACAAUCUGGAUACUUAGACUUUGUUGAACCAUAUACAGAUGUAAUGGUUGAUAAAGGAUUCAAUAUUGCUGAUGAAUGUGCAGCUCGCUGUAUCAAUAUAAUUGUUCCACCAGGUAAAAGAGGUCAGAGCCAAAUGUCACAAGCAGAUGUUAGAAAAACCACUAAAAUUGCAAGGUUGCGAAUUCUGGUUGAACAAGUUAUUUCUCGUUUGAAAAAGUUUCACCUCAUUGCAAAAGAAGUUCCUAUAACUCUUUUAUGUCACUUAGAUGACAUCAUUAUAAUUUGUGCAGCCUUAUGUAACCUCAAAAAGCCGAUAUAUGGAAAGUAA